AUGCCACGCAGCGCCGGAGCAUCCAAAAAAGCAGGCAAAGAUCCAAAUGCACCAAAACGACCAUUGUCUGCAUUCUUUAUUUUUUCACAAGAUGAACGACCAGACAUCAAGAAGAAAAGUCCAUCAUUGUCGGUUGGUGAUAUUUCGAAAGAAAUAGGUUUAAGAUGGAAAAAAGUUAGUGAUGAUGUCAAAAAACGUUAUGAACAAAAGGCUGCUAUUGAAAAACAAAAAUAUGAAGUACGCCUUGCUGAAUACAAAAAAAGUGGUGGUGGUGGUGGUGGUGAUGUUAGCUCAGCUAAAGGAGGUAAAGCUGCAGCAAAAGCACCAGCAAGCAAAAAACCAGCAGCAAAGAAGCCUGCAGCCAAAAAACCUGCAAGUAAAUCAAAAUCAUCGGAUGAAGAUAAUGAUGAUGAUGACGACGAUGAAGAUGAAGAUGAAGAAUAA